AUGGAGACUGUACGAGGAGGACUUCAUACCCAUGCUCUGGGCAGCGCCACCACAGGGGCGGCUAACAAGUCCCAACUCUCUCCAAGCACCUUCUGGCUGAUGGGCAUCCCGGGUCUGGAGCACCUCCAUGUCUGGAUUGGAAUUCCCUUCUGCUCCAUGUACAUAGUGGCUGUGAUGGGGAACGUGACAAUCCUGGCUGUGGUGAGAGCAGAACGCAGCCUCCACGAGCCCAUGUUCAUCUUCCUGUGCAUGCUGUCAGUCACUGACCUGGUCCUCUCCACAUCUACACUGCCACGCAUGCUCUGUCUCUUCUGGAUGGGAGAUCAUGACAUUGCCUUUGAUGCGUGCCUUGCCCAAAUGUUCUUCAUCCACAGCUUCACUGCCAUGGAGUCUGGCUUCUUCUUGGCCAUGGCCAUUGACCGCUAUGUGGCCAUCUGUGAUCCACUGCGCCAUGCCACAAUUCUCACCCACAGUCGCAUCGCCCAAAUGGGAGUAGCUGUGGAGCUGCGGGGAGUAGGCUUCUUUUCUCCACACCCCAUUCUGCUCAAGCAGCUGCCCUACUGCAGAACUCGAAUCAUUGCACACACCUACUGUGAGUUCAUGGCUGUGGUGAAGCUGGCGUGUGUGGACACAGGAGCCACCAAGCGCUAUAGCCUCAGUGUGGCCUUUGGUAUUGGCUCCUGUGAUGGUUUCUUCAUUGCCAUCUCUUAUGUUCUGAUCCUCCGUGCGGUCUUUCGCCUUCCAUCUCGAGAAGCAAGUCUGAAAGCCUUAGGCACCUGUGGCUCUCAUGUCUGUGUAAUCCUCGUUUUCUAUUCCACAGCUGGGUUCACUUUUCUGACCCACCGCUUUGGUCACCAUGUGGCCCCCCAAAUUCACAUCCUAGUAGCCAAUAUGUACUUAUUGGUUCCACCAUUUCUUAACCCCAUUGUCUAUGGUGUUAGAACCAAGAAAAUUCGAGACAAUGUUCUUAGUACUCUAAGAGUAAAAGGUAGAUGUUGA